AUGUGCUCCGCACUUGUUCAUGAACCCCUUAUAUCCCUCUUUCAGAUCGUUUUCUAUCUGCACAGCCAAACCCCUCAACUCGUUCUGGACUCUCGCGGCAAAAUACUGAAUCGCCGUUUUGAUGGAGGAGACGUAAUGCUUUUUGGCCUGGGUGGUGAGCUUACUGGUUGUGUCCCUGACUUUUUCUUCGACUUGUUCCCUGAGUUUCGCGAUGGUUUCUCUGCCUGCUGUGUCUGCUUGACCGGUGCCUUCUUGGAGAAACUUUUCGACGUCGUUGAUUGCCUUCUUCAGAUUCUCUUUUCUGAGAGACACAAGAUUCUGAUGCACCCUGUGCAAACUCUUCUCUUCAUCUUUUAG